GAGGUUAGCUUCUGUGUCUGUCUGUAACGUUAGCUAGUUAAAGUUAACUAUAGCUAGCUAGCAUUUUAUCGAUAAAUCCAUUUCAAGUUGUCAUAAUGACAUGCAUGAACAUAAUAAUGUAGCUAGCUGUCUAUGCUUAUUAUUAGCCAGGGUAAGUUAGCCAUAAAAGCAACUUGGUCGCUUUAGCCAGGCCUGCCAGUCAAUAUGAUUUCCUUGCCAUAGACGUCUUAAAUGGUCUCAGCUUCUAAUCAAACUAGAUUUACCAUGGCAGCAACUAUUAAUCAAGUGAGGUCGUCGCUUUCCAAAAUGUUUAAGAGUGAGCGGUACAGCCCCUUCACUCUGCAGUCAGACGGAGAGAGCCACGUGGAGGUGAAGCUGUCUGAUGACAUAGUUGACCACGCCCCCUCUGAGCAGGCAGGCCAACCAGGGGGCUCGCCCUCCUACAGGCCCCGCCCCAAGCGGAACUACCGCAUGUGUUACCUGGCCCUUGGAAUCCUCUUUAUCUUCAUCAUCGGUUAUCUAAUUGGCUAUGUGAGCCACCGUUCUCCUCUCCAGGAGCCAAUCCCUUGUGAUUCUGAACAGGAACAGGGUGUGGCUAAGAAGGCUAUCGUAGAAUACUCUCUAUCCUGGACCAACAUCACCAACCUGCUGGCACGGAGACUGACUCCUGACGCCUUCAACAGCAGACUGAGUGAUGUUGAACAGACGGAUCACACAGCAGGGAGCACUGGAGACAACAUUCUGGGAAAUCGUGUGUUGGAAAGCUUUAAGAGUCUGAAGAUGGAGCCCUGGACUGACACACACUAUGUCCAACUACAGAUGCCCAACAGUGCGAAGCCAAACCGUGUACUGAUUGGCCAAGAUGAGGUGUGCCAGCCUAAGGGCUAUCUGGCCUAUAGCGCCACAGGAAAAGCAAAGGGCAAAGCAGUGAAUGGUAACUAUGGGAGUCAGGAGGACUUGGCACUGCUACAGACUCUGAAGGUUGAGCUGAACGGCACCGUGAUUCUACUGAGAGCUUCAGGACAGAUCAGCCUGGCACAGCAGGUGGCUAAUGUAGCUGCAUUGGGGGUAUCUGCUGUGUUGAUUUACCCUGAACACAAGACUGAAACUACUGAACUAUAUGGGCAUGUCCAUCUAGGUUCUGGAGACCCCUAUACUCCAGGGUUCCCCUCCUUCAACCACACCCAGUUCCCUCCCACCCAGUCCUCUGGUCUGCCCAAUGUACUGGCCCAAAGCAUUACUGCUCAGACUGCUGUCAAGAUACUAAAACGUAUAGGUGGGCCUGAUGCUCCUCCCAGUUUUAAAGGAAAACUGGACAAUGUGAAGUACACCCUGGGAGGGGCCAGUAGUGAGGAUGUCACAGUGGAGGUGAACAACGUGCUGCAGGACACCGAGAUACACAACAUCUUUGGAGUCAUCAAGGGCUUCAUUGAGCCAGAUCGGUACGUGGUACUGGGGGCUCAGAGGGAUGCGUGGGGUCCAGGCUACGCUAAAGCCACUGUCGGGACCACACUGCUGCUGGAGCUGGCUAGAGCUGUGUCCGAGAUGGUGCACACAGAUGGUUUCCGUCCCAGGAGGAGUCUGGUGUUUGCCAGUUGGAGUGCAGGAGAGUACGGCAGUGUUGGAGCUACAGAGUGGCUGGAGGGAUACCUCUCCUCUCUGGACAGAAAAGUUGUCACCUACAUCAGCCUGGACGGAGCAGUCACGGGAAACUAUGCCGUGAACGCAUCUGCCAGUCCCCUGCUGCACAGCCUUCUGGAAAGAACCAUGAAGGAGGUGAAGAAUCCCAUUGGUUUUGGAGACUCUUGGAAGUCUCUGUAUGAUACUGUGGCUGGAGUCAACUUUGAGAAGGCAGUGUUUAAGCCCAUGCAGAUGGAAGACUCUGCGUAUCCGUUCCUGGCCUUCUCUGGAAUCCCCUCUCUCUCCUUCCGCUUCGUCUCUCAGGAGGUCUACCCUCACUACGGUACCUCUUUUGACAACAAGGAAAACCUUGGUUUCGCCACCGCCCAUCACCUUGGUUCCAUAGCCACUGGGGCGGGAUUGGUCGCAGGUCAGCUGGCGUUACGACUGGUCCACGAUCACGUGCUGUAUCUGGACGUGCUACGCUACAGGAAGGUUCUCAGUCAAUCGGUGGUCAACAUCAACCAGCGCCUCAAACAAGUCACCCGGGAUGGUUCUGCCGAGGGUCUGUCAGCUCGUUGGAUCAUCAUGGCCUUAGGGUCCUACAGUAGAGCUGCUACUGACCUCAACACCGAACUACUCAACACCGACCUCACUGACACACUGGCCUGCCACAACAUCAACGACCGCAUCAUGAGGGUGGAACACAACCUCCUCUCACCGUUUGUCUCCCCCAAGGAGGUUCCGUUCCGCCACCUGCUGUUUGGCCAUGGUUCCCACACCAUGGCAGCCAUGUUGGAGGGGGAGGACAGGGAGGCACUGCGGACCCAGCUGGCCCUGGCCACCUGGACGCUACAGGGCUGUGCCAACGCUCUCUCUGGGGACGUCUGGGACAGCGACAACCAGAUCUAACGCGGUCUGUGUGUGUGUGUCAGGGGCUUCAGCCUCAUCCUUGUUCACUUUAAAACCCAGGAUUAGAUAACGAGGGAUUUGUCAGGGGUGAUUAUGUCAUAACGGUGACCAGGAAGUACUGUUUUAAAGUUGGUCCUUCCAGUGUCAGUCACUGGGUUGUCACUAUUUAUCACAGCCACAAAGUCAUUUGUCUUGUAAAAAUUCAUGAAAAGAAAAUUAGCUUUUUAGUCUUAAUUUUAAGGUUAGGAUUAGGCAUAAUGUUAGCAGUGUGGUUAGGUUUAACAUCAGAUGUUAAGAAGAGAAAUUAUAGAAAUAGGUGGGGUUUACCCGUAAUUACGGCUUUGUGACCGUUGUAACGAGUGAAGACCCAGUCACUAGACUUCCUGAAGAAUGUUGACACUGGGGACAUCACUGUCUGAUCCCUCUUCACCCCCCCCCCCUCCCAAACUAAAGCCUUGCUCACUACUACAGAGACGACGACCUCUAACCCCUUGGAGCCUAUUUAUACUUUAUUUAUCAGUGGCAGAGAUCACUAUAAAUGUUAUCAGUUUGAUAAAGAUAUUGUUUAUAUUUAUGAAGUUAUCGGAAGCAGUGCCUUCCAGAUUUAUGGCAGUUUCAUGUCGUUAAUUUGGGUUAAGAGUUUUAUUUAUUUAUCAGUGCCAGUGCUCACUAUAAAUGUUUAAAUGUCGUUUCGUUUUUUAUAGAAGUUAUCGGGAGCUAUGCCUUCCAGACUUACGACGGGUAGGCCUUCGUUUGGCUUUUGAUAAAGUUAUCGUUUAAUUUGAUAAAGUUAUCGGGAGCUGUGCCUUCCAGACUUAUGGCGGUUAUACUGUCUCCUACUACGGCAGCAUCUGCUGAAGCAACAGAGUCACGUAAACAGACAGUCUGACCACCCAAGGUUCCAUGACAGUUUAAAUAUUCAGUUUGCCUUGCCGUUUAAUAUUGAGACCGACACGGAAGCGCUUUAAUACGGAUGAAACAUUCUGAAAAACUGUCCAGCUACAGAUGGUCAGACUUUCUCUGUAUACACAACUCUGUUAACAGAAAUACACCACCUCCUGCUACCACGCUACUAUGGAAACUGAAACCCGCAGCAACAGGGUAUCGCCUCAGAAACGUUGGGUCCCCGACAGCGGCAGUUGUCAUGACUGUCACAUUUCAUUUUGAUUGGCUGAAAUGCAUGCACUUAAAUUCAGUGUUCAAUUUGGCAUGUUUUAAACAUGUCAGAACUAGCCACUUGGGCCACAUCUGAGAUUUCACCCUGUUUUAGAAAGCCUUAAAAGACUGGUUCAAAGUAGUAAACUGAAUAGGGUGUCAUUUCAGAUGCAACAUCAAGGAAAACAGGCUCAAAUCUCUUUGAGCUGAACUUAUUAAACAAGCUUUAUAUAGUUUAUAUAGAGUUGUAUAUCCUGAAAUAAUAUCAUUCAGGCAGCAAAAGAGCCAUAUCUGUUAACCAGUUAUUUUGGAGCAGUUUAUAUCUCUGAUCUGAACCAUUAUCGGGAGCAGUGUCUUUCAUAAUGACAAGCAUUGAUGGUAGUUUUUGCCUACCAGUGUGUGUGUGUAUGUAUCGGGGGCAGUGACUCCCAUAUUUCACUGAAAGGUGGAGUAACUUAUCGGGAACAGUGUUUCCCAGAGUUUUAUAACUAUAUUUUUCUUUGUGUUCACAGUCUAGUAUGUGUGUCCUUUCUGUGUGUGACCUGCUAUUGCUCUUGUUCCCCUCUGAACUACUUGUAAUGGAUAAGUCCUACCUACUGGUGGAGGUUGCUGAGGGGGGGCCGGCUCAUAAUAAUGGCUGGAGCGACUGGAAUGGCAUCAAACACAUAGAAACCAUGUGUUUGAUACCAUUCCGCUUCAGCCAUUACCACAAGCCCGUCCUCCCCAAUUAAAGUCCCACCAACCUCCUGUGCGUCCUAUGGCAUGUUACUGUAUUUUCCCUUAGAAAUGCAAUCCCUACAACAGGUAUUCCCAUUCAGGCCAAUACGAUUCUAUUCCUGUGUAUUUCCCCAUGCAGUGAAUUAUGAGACACUGAAACUCCUGUUGUAGCUGUCUGCUAAAUAUUCUUGUUCUUUUGAUUAUUGAUCACGCUGUCAAUCAGGUAACUAGUAACAUUUCUGUUAGACUUGUCAGUCCUAGUCUGUACUCAUACAUGUUCAUCUGACAAGAGUAUGGGUGCUUUUUAGAGGUUUUUGUACUAUUGAGUUCUAAUUUUCUGUUGCGCUUCAAUAAACCUUUUGGCUUAGCAAUA